CAUAAUAAUAUGCGGUGCGAUGGCUUACAACCGUCCUCCACCCUCGUCUCGACCUCUCGACGGCAUCGGGUAUCAUCAGCUAGCCGGCGAGGGGACCGAAUCGAAUCCCACCAACAAUAGUUAGGAUGGCUGACGAUAUUGACUUGGGAAUGGCUGGGCAUUUCAUCUCGGGUGGUUUUGGUGGAAUGUGUGCCCUCAUCACUGGCCAUCCUUUAGACACAAUUAAGUUACGAUUGCAGACCCAACCAGCAGCUGUCACAGGAAUCAGCCCCAUUUACAGCGGUAUGGCAGACUGUGCUAGGAAAAUCUACUUGGGUGAGGGUUUUUCCGGUUUAUACAAAGGCAUGCUAGCACCCUUAGCUAUGGCCAUGCCAAUAUCAGCACUAAGCUUCACAGGGUUUGCGAUGGGAAAGAAACUGCAGACCCCCUCUGGUGAGGAUGGAAGAUACAGCUUAACGCAGAUCUUCUUGUCUGGAAUGUUUAGUGCUUGCUUCUUCAUGACUGUUUGCCCAGCAUGUGAAAGAGUCAAAUGCCUUUUGCAGGCUCAAAAAUCCUCAGGGCAAACAGCGAGAUUCUCCGGUGUGGUUGACUGUGUGCGGCAAAUUUAUAAAGAGGCUGGGCUAGUGCGAGGCCUAUAUAAAGGCACAUUUAUCACAUGCAUAAGAGAUUUUCCAGGUAUGGGAUUUUACUUUCUUACCUAUGAGGUGGUAUUGAGGAGUUUGGAAUCUUUUCGUCAAACUGAAACCAAGUCCAAGCGAGCUCCAUCUCUCAUGCAGUCCUGUUUAGCCGGGGGAUGUGCUGGGUUCGGUUACUGGUCCAGUGCUAUUGGUCCUGACACUGUGAAGUCCAGGUUACAGACAGCUCCUGAAGGAACAUAUCCAAACGGUGCACGAGAUGUAGUAAGAGAGAUCUUGAAGAAAGAAGGCGUUUCUGGAUUUUUUAAAGGAUCUGCCCCUGUGUUUCUACGGGCCAUGCCAGCAUCUGCUGCACAGUUCAUUGGCUUUGAGAUAGCAAUGAAGUUUUUGCAUCAGAGCAGUUAAUUCCCCCGAGGAGACAUCCAACUCGUUUUUCUGUGGCCAAAGGAGAUGACCUUAUGGGUAAAAAUUUUCACGGAUUUUUUAUUUGAUGCAUUUGUUGGGAUACAUCUAGUGAUAAUACCAAAUGUGUCGAGUGCCUUAAUGCAGCUUUAUGGUGGGUGUUGCUUCUUGCAGAGGCAAGUGCCUUGAUAGCUAAAGUGGACUUGCUUACUUGCAUUACACUGUUUAACCAUUCCAUGUCAGUACUGAAAGAGCUUCCAUAGUGUAAUAAGUGUAUGUUAUGGUAUGCUGGAAUCUCGGAAUACUCAAACUUACCCUCCAUUGAGCUGAACAUAAUGAAUGGCAGCCACAUUCUUGUCAGCCAAAUUUGUUUAACAAAAGGACAAGGGCCUGAAAUUGGGAUUACACAAUACCUACCCCCCCCCACCCCCCAAAAAGGGUGAUUUUGAACCUGUAUUCCGGUACCCCUCUUUGUAUGGUGUAUUGUAGGUGCAUGCCUGUUGCAUGCUACUUAACGGAUUGUCAGGGGGAUGUGUAACCACAUUACUCAGUCAACAGACUGCAACCAAAAGAGAACGCUCCAAAGUUCACAUUACUCAGUCAACAGACUGCAACCAAAAGAGAACGCUCCAAAGUUCACAUUACUCAGUCAACAGACUGUAACCAAAAGAGAACGCUCCAAAGUUCACAUUACUCAGUCAACAGACUGCAACCAAAAGAGAACGCUCCAAAGUUCACAUUACUCAGUCAACAGACUGCAACCAAAAGAGAACGCUCCAAAGUUAUUGUAGGCAUUUCCAAACUUCAUCUCUAUUUCUACCUAGAAAUGUUUUGCAGGUAAACAUGUCAACUGACUCAAAGUCAGAGCAGUUAAUCCCUGAGGAUGACUAGAUCAAGGUAGUCCAAAUAUAAUCAUGGUUUAUUUAUUAAAACACUGCAAUACAGCAGCUAAAAGCCAAAAUGUACAGUCUACAAAAAUAGUCAUUAAAAAUAUUACUAUAUUACAAAAAAAUAAUGAAAUA